CUCUGAUUGACAAUAAUGGCGACGCGUUCGCCCUGAGUUGCACCUCAAUGAAACAUUUCUCAAGAAAUACUCAAGCAUUUGCCCCAAUUCUUUGAUAGUACUUGGGCUUAAAGGUUGGCUUUAAGGAUAUAUAUCAGAAAUUAUCUCCGAAUCUUCUUUGGCAAGGAUAUAAUUAGUUCUGCUGGUGGGAUUCUUUGGAAAGCACUAACAAAGGUCUCCUCAUCCGUGGCGAUGUGGCUGCUGUUUACAGAUCCAGAUGCGUUUGUUUCGGGCAUGAAGAACAGCGGUUACUUCAUCUGCAGGCGUUCAUUCAGACAUUACGCUGUCACUUAUUAAAAAACGGGGACGCUUUGAUGAAAGUGGCUUAAAUGCAUUGGAAGCUGGAGCUGAUUGUUGCAGAAGCUUUUCGCGUAACGUUACACAAGCUCACACAGACAUUGUGAAUCGCGUCGCGCGAAGUUGAACCAUCUGUUGAUCGCUUGUGAAUCGCACGGCGAAGUUCGCAAACCAUUUUUACAUCUCAAGAUUAAAACGAAGGUUGUUUUUUUUUAAUUUAAAUCUAAAGUUUGAAAGGAAUUUUGCUUGCGUCAAGUAACAGCCUAGAACUUUAGGAAGGUUAGCUAUGGCUGGUUAGCCUAGACCAGCUAACCGGCCUUUGCUAGAAACGUAAACACAUUUACCAUAACAUUGUGUCCAGAAUAAAUGAAAUUACAACGUAAAUUUGCUAACUCGACUCCGUAAGAGCUAUUUCAAGAAAACGACUUGCCCAUUAAGUUACAUUUAUUUGUCGCCAACUUAAGCAAUUCUGAAAACCCCACAGUUAAAUGCUGUCGUUAGGAUAUCAAUAUACAGUUAAUUGUAUUAACUGCUAAAUGACCCUCAUUCACUUGCCAUUGACCUAGAUGUAAGACGGGACGAAUCAGUUAAUUUAGGACCUCACGUUUUCUGAGCUGGCUUAACGGCUAGCUAAAAGUGACUUAUAUUGCAACAUUUGCUUGUAAAUGACCACCGGUAGGAAUAACAGAGUCAUGAUGGAAGGCGUGGGUGCUCGAGUUAUCCGCGGGCCUGACUGGAAGUGGGGUAAACAGGACGGAGGAGAAGGGCACGUCGGCACUGUCAGGAGUUUUGAGAGCCCGGAGGAGGUGGUGGUUGUGUGGGACAACGGCACCGCCGCCAAUUACCGCUGCUCCGGAGCUUAUGACGUGAGGAUUCUCGACAGUGCGCCCACAGGAAUCAAGCAUGAUGGCACAAUGUGUGACACCUGUCGACAGCAGCCCAUCAUUGGGAUCCGAUGGAAGUGUGCAGAGUGCACCAACUAUGAUCUCUGCACCACCUGUUACCAUGGCGAUAAGCAUCACCUGCGUCACAGGUUCUACCGCAUCACCACUCCUGGAAGUGAGAGAGUUCUUUUGGAAUCUCGUCGCAAGUCAAAGAAGAUCAGCGCCCGGGGCAUCUUUGCAGGAGGACGGGUGGUGCGAGGAGUGGAUUGGCAGUGGGAGGAUCAGGAUGGCGGGAAUGGAAGAAGAGGGAAGGUGACAGAGAUCCAGGACUGGAGUGCUGCCAGCCCCCACAGCGCAGCCUACGUCCUCUGGGACAACGGAGCCAAGAACCUCUACAGAGUGGGAUUCGAGGGCAUGUCUGAUUUGAAGUGUGUGCAAGAUGCCAAAGGUGGCACUUUUUACAGAGACCACUGUCCAGUUUUGGGUGAGCAGAAUGGAAACAGGAACCCAGGAGGCCUGCAGAUUGGAGAUUUGGUCAACAUUGAUUUGGACCUGGAGAUCGUUCAGUCGCUGCAGCAUGGUCACGGAGGCUGGACUGAUGGCAUGUUUGAAACACUCACAACCACAGGCACUGUGUGCGGCAUUGAUGAAGACCAUGACAUUGUUGUGCAGUAUCCUAGUGGAAACAGGUGGACAUUUAACCCAGCGGUUCUCACAAAGGCAAACGUUGUACGUAGUGGAGAGGUGGCAGCUGGUGCUGAGGGAGGCAGCUCUCAGUUCAUGGUGGGAGACUUGGUCCAGAUCUGCUAUGACAUUGAUCGCAUCAAACUACUUCAGAGAGGACAUGGAGAGUGGGCUGAAGCUAUGCUGCCAACCCUUGGAAAGGUGGGAAGAGUGCAACAGAUUUACUCUGACAGUGACCUCAAAGUGGAAGUGUGUGGGACAUCCUGGACAUACAAUCCAGCCGCUGUCACUAAAGUGGCUCCUGCUGGAUCUGCUGUUACUAAUGCCUCUGGAGAGCGCCUGUCUCAGCUCCUCAAGAAGCUUUUUGAGACUCAGGAGUCUGGAGACAUUAAUGAAGAGCUGGUGAAGGCCGCAGCUAAUGGCGACCUAGCCAAAGUAGAGGACAUCCUGAAGAGGCCUGAUGUGGACGUGAACGGGCAGUGUGCAGGACAUACUGCCAUGCAGGCAGCCAGCCAGAAUGGCCAUGUGGAUGUCCUCAAGCUGCUGCUGAAACACAAUGUGGAUCUGGAGGCUGAGGACAAGGAUGGAGACCGAGCUGUCCAUCAUGCAGCCUUCGGGGACGAAGGUUCUGUCAUCGAGGUGCUGCAUCGAGGCGGGGCUGACCUGAAUGCCAGAAACAAACGCAGACAGACGCCUCUGCACAUCGCUGUCAACAAGGGCCACCUACAGGUGGUGAAGACUUUGCUUGACUUUGGCUGCCACCCCAGUCUGCAGGACUCAGAGGGAGACACACCUCUGCAUGAUGCCAUCAGCAAGAAGAGGGAUGACAUGCUCUCUGUGCUCCUGGAAGCAGGUGCAGAUGUCACAAUUACCAACAAUAACGGCUUCAACGCUCUUCACCACGCAGCUCUGCGAGGGAACCCCAGUGCCAUGCGUGUGCUGCUAUCCAAACUGCCACGGCCAUGGAUAGUGGAUGAGAAAAAGGAUGAUGGUUAUACCGCGCUUCACCUGGCUGCCCUCAACAACCACGUGGAGGUGGCAGAGCUCCUAGUCCACCAGGGAAAUGCCAAUUUGGACAUACAGAAUGUUAACCAGCAGACGGCACUGCAUCUUGCUGUAGAACGCCAGCACACCCAGAUAGUGCGACUCUUGGUGCGAGCUGAGGCAAAGUUAGAUGUGCAAGACAAGGAUGGAGAUACACCUCUUCACGAAGCCCUGCGUCACCACACUCUGUCCCAGCUGCGCCAGCUUCAGGACAUGCAGGACGUCAGCAAAGUGGAGCCCUGGGAGCCCUCCAAAAACACAUUAAUUAUGGGACUGGGCACUCAGGGGGCUGAGAAGAAGAGUGCAGCCUCUAUUGCUUGCUUCCUGGCGGCCAAUGGAGCUGACCUCACCAUCCGUAACAAGAAGGGCCAGUCGCCUCUGGACCUGUGCCCCGACCCCAGCCUCUGCAAGGCUCUAGCUAAAUGCCACAAGGAGAAGACUAGUGGGCAGGUUGGCUCCCGUAGUCCAUCUUUAAACAGUAAUAAUGAGACUCUUGAGGAAUGCAUGGUGUGCUCGGAUAUGAAAAGGGACACGCUUUUUGGCCCCUGCGGUCAUAUUGCUACCUGCUCUCUCUGCUCGCCUCGCGUCAAGAAGUGUCUCAUUUGCAAGGAACAGGUCCAGUCCAGAACCAAGAUUGAGGAGUGUGUGGUUUGCUCUGAUAAAAAGGCAGCUGUGCUUUUCCAACCCUGUGGUCACAUGUGCGCCUGUGAGAACUGUGCCAGCCUGAUGAAAAAGUGUGUACAGUGUCGGGCCGUGGUGGAGCACCGCACUCCCUUCGUUUUGUGCUGUGGAGGGAAAGGUAUGGAGGAUACCACUGAUGAUGAGGACCUUACAGGGGGCUCUAACUCAAUGGCAGGGGGGUCGCAGGAUCUUCUCCAGCCCAACAAUCUGGCACUAAGUUGGUCCAGCGGAAAUAUCCCAGCCCUGCAGAGGGACAAAGACAACACUAAUGUCAAUGCAGAUGUACAGAAGUUACAACAGCAACUGCAGGAUAUCAAAGAGCAGACCAUGUGCCCUGUGUGUCUGGAUCGCCUAAAGAAUAUGAUCUUCAUGUGCGGUCAUGGCACUUGUCAGCUCUGUGGAGACAGAAUGAGCGAGUGCCCCAUCUGCCGCAAGGCCAUCGAACGUCGCAUCCUGCUUUACUAGAGCACCGGGCCACAAGCACCUUUGCUACAAGCACCUUUCCUGUAUCCACACUAAGCUACGAGUCAUCAGUGUUACAUCUUCCAUUUUUAUUUGAUCUUUUAGGCUCGAUAUUGGUCCAGUUAACUUCAGUUUUCUGUUUGCUUGGAUUAUGUUCAGCACUAGGAAGAAGAAUCUAGCUUAACUACUUCACCUUGCCGUUUCGUUCCUUCAAGCGCCUAUUUUUUUCUGCCAAGAGCAGCAACACGUACACGGCAUGAACUGAUUCUGUCGGGUUCUGCUAAUGUUUCCUCUUUUAUUAUGUCAGUGUAUUAUGCUCGUAUAUCCUGAUGCGAACAGUUGCAUCUACAGUAUCUGUGUUGGUCGUGAUACAGCAUGGUGAAACUGAACUCUGUCCUGUCACUGAUUCUUUGGAAAUUCAUUUUAAAGGCUCAUUGUUUGUGACAUAGCGUUCAGUUCUAAAUUGUGUAAAUGUAAAGCGUCUGCAUUUACUGACAGAAGAAAGUAUGUCCUGUUCAAACAGUGAAAUCAAACUUUCACCUUUUAGCAGUACUGUUAGUCUAACAUUGCAUGUUCCUCUCUUCAGUUGCUGCUGUACUACAGUAUAUACAGAGUAUUAUUAUUAUUAUCAAUCAUUUUGAUGAUUGGCUCGUCACCUGAUCAAUGCAGGAAAAUGCAUACUUUCCAUGCAACUGAUCCCUGUUGUCUUUAAAAGGAUAUUAGUUUGCCUAAUAACCCUCAUUAUUGGAUUGUUCUCCAGCAGUUCUACUUUAUGCACCAUAUAUUGUGUUGCCAGAUAUUUAAUACUAAAAGGAUUUGGAUAGAAACUCCCGGUCUUGUUCCAUUGUUCCAAAAACAGGAACACAAUUCAUUACCUUUUGGGAAUAAGGUGCCGUUUAUCUUUACCUUACUUGUUAAUUUAUGUAUUAUGUAUCUUUUUUCUUCUAAAUCUGAAAGACUUGGAAUAUACUAUAGAAUAUCCCCUGUAAGCUGUAAUGUGUAAAUGGGGCCUUACUUUAAUUCGUCCGCAAGACGCCCGACCAAAAAGAAUUUGUUGUUGAGGACCAUUCCUCAAAGCCUUUCAUGAACAAUUUGGAAUCUUUCUGUGCUUGCCGAAAUAUAUUUUGAAGGUUUAUUUUCAUUAAUUUUUUCCCCUGUGGCCUGUUCCCUUCAUCGAAGAGGUCUAAAGUUGCGUCUGCAGUUGUCUGAAGUCAUGUUUCACUUCGGUGUGACUCACACUGCCAAGCAGACAUUUUUACUGGAAGCAAAAGUAGUUUCAUACUUUACCUUUUAAAGAUUUGUAUCAUUUUCACAGUAUUAGUCUUUUUUGAUCAUUGUAACAUUAAAAACUAGAUGCACUAAUAUACCUUAUGUCAUGGUUACCCUAACAGCCUUUUUUGUACCUUGUUUUCAGUACACACACACACAAGAAAUAAAACUGCCCUGAAACACAAAAAAGUAUCAAAAAACACAUUGAUACUGUUGGUUUUUUGUUUUUGUUUUUAUUUUGUCGAAUUGAAUGAAUGUUUGAUGUAUGAUGUACAACAUUUAUCAUAGGAGAAAUUAUUUUUGCCUUAUAUUGCAAUUUUGCUUUGAAAAUGCAUUGCCGAAUAAAGAUCUAACAAUGGAGCAGAAUACUUCACAAAA